AUGUCGUCGGUCUCUCCUUCGAAGGAACAUGAACUUGACCCAGAGGCGCAAUCGGGAGAAGAGCAAGACCACUUAGACAAAGAUCAUCACGACGCGCAGGGACACCAAGGCGAGUUUGAGGUGAAGGAGCAGGAUCGGUGGCUUCCGAUUGCCAAUGUGGCUCGUAUCAUGAAGCUUGCGCUUCCUGACAACGCGAAGAUCGCAAAAGAAGCCAAGGAAUGCAUGCAGGAAUGUGUGAGCGAGUACAUCUCAUUUAUCACGAGUGAAGCCUCGGAGAAAUGCCAGCAGGAGAAGCGCAAAACAGUCAACGGCGAAGACAUUCUAUUCGCCAUGACCUCGCUUGGUUUUGAGAAUUACGCUGAAGCACUCAAGAUCUACCUAUCCAAGUACCGUGAAACCCAGUCUGCCCGCGGCGACAAUCAGAGACCACCAAGCGCUGGCUAUGGAGCUGGAGGACCUGUUGGUGGUUCGACCGGAGCUGGGCCUGGACUAGCCCGUCCAACAGGCUUCCCCAAUGCUGAAGGCACAAACCCUAUGUCGAACCUCAACCUUGACCCGUCCGAGCAAGACGCCUCUGCCUACGGUUAUCCGCCCAUAGUUGGCCAGCCUCACAAUGGCGCAGGCGGCGAGUCGUACUAG